AUGUCAAUGCACAAGAAUCUUGAGGUUAUUGACAUUUCUAAUAGCUUAUUGUAUGGUGAAAUUCCAUCUUCAAUGGGCAGUUUGUCAAAUUUAAAGUUCCUAAGGAUAAGAAACAACAAGUUGAAUGGGAGCAUUCCUUCAAGUAUUGGUCAGUUAUCAAAUCUUGAAGAGUUAGAUCGCUCGGAGAACUUAUACACCGGUGUAGUUUCAGAGCUCCAUUUUGCCAAACUCAGUAAAUUGAAGAAAUUGCACCCGUCUAAAAAUUUGGUCUUGAGUGUGAGUUCCAAUUGGUAUCCACCUUUUCAGCUCAAAGAGAUUGGGAUGGCAUCAGUAAAUGUAGGGCCACAUUUUCCCCUAUGGCUACACACACAGUCACUUCUUGAAUCCCUGAUUAUGUCUGAUGCUAACAUCAGUGGUACGAUCCCAAAUUGGUUGAGCGACAUAACAUUGUUUAUGACAACCCUGGAUCUCUCUGGCAACCAAUUAGUCAGUGCUAUUAACGUUUUGUGCUAUGCUCAAAGUUUGAGCGCUAUCAAUCUAUCCAAGAAUUUGUUAUCCGGGAGAAUCCCAUCAUGCUUGAGUAACUUGGAAGAAUUGUUAGCAUUAAAUAUGGCUGAUAAUAGUCUUGAAGGUGAUAUCCCAAGUUCUUUAGGUGAUUUGACACUAAGCUCGUUGCAUUUGCAAAAGAAUAAGUUACAAGGAAAGCUCCCUUUGGCUUUGCAAAAUUUGACAUGGUUAUCUAGACUAGACUUGGGCGAAAACAAAUUGAAGGACGCUUUUCCUGCAUGGAUUGGUGAAAAGCUGCAGAGAUUGGAACUCUUGAGGCUAAAUUCGAAUCAAUUCUACGGCACUAUCCCCGUAGAAUUAUGCCAGAUUGAUUCUCUAUGUUGGUUAAAUCUUGCUGGAAAUAACUUGGAUGGAAGUAUUCCUCUUUGUUUCGAUAACGUUUCUUGCAUGAGUUCUGGUUCAAUGUCUGUUGUUCCUGAUGUUUUUGGAGAGAGAGUUGAAGGCUUUAUGAAAGGUAUACCUCUUGAGUAUGUUGGUGAACAAGUUGAGCUGCUUAGAAUUUUGGAUCUCUCUGAAAAUAACCUUGUAGGAGGCAUCCCUCAAGAGCUAACAAAAUUGAUAGGCUUGCAAAGUUUGAAUUUGUCUAGAAAUAAUCUCAAUGGGAGCAUACCAAAGAAGCUAGGUGAUUUAAAGGAAUUGGAGUCACUUGAUUUGUGUCAUAAUAAGCUUUUCUGGUUCAAUUCCUCAAAGUUUGGCUUCUUUGAAUUUUUUGAGCUACAUGAACUUAAAAGUUGCAAUGACAAUGGAUCAUCUCAUGUAAAUGAACAAACUCCUCAAGGUGAUCAAGGCGGUGAUCAACAUACUUCUUAUCAGUUAUGGUUCUAUGCUGGAAUUGGACCUGGUUUCUGUGUUGGCUUCUUGGGUGUCCUCUUCACCUUAUACAAGUAUGGGAAGGAAGAAUGCUGA